AUGGUGGAGCAGAAGCCCGAGGUGUCCCAGCGUUUCUCCACCACCCAUCCUAACGGCAGACAGAUCAUGUUGUCCUACCUGUUACCCUGGCUGUCUAACAUAGAGCUGGUGGAUACAGGCCUCCUACCCCCUGCGUCCAGCCCCUGUACCCCAGAAGAGGAGCCCCGUGGUCGGGCACACACCCUGGGUCUCGCCCCUCGGCUCCGGGGGAACGGCUGGGGCUCCCUCCAGGCCAGCUCUCUGGUCCUCAACAACCUCAUGUUCAUGACUGCUAAGUAUGGAGACGAGGUUCCAGGUCCAGAGAUGGAGAACGCGUGGAACGCCCUGGUGUCCAAUGAGAAGUGGAGUAACAACCUGCGUACAGCGCUCCAGUUCCUCAUCAGUCUCUGUGGAGUCAGCUCUGAUACCACGCUGCUGCUGCCACCUAUAUGUGGGGUCAGCAGUGAUACGGAUGUCUUAGUUAUCGUGUAA